AUGACGUGGCACUGCCUUCUUUUACUCGUUUUCGCGUCGGCCACCGAUUGCCACGUCAUUGCGCGAUCCGGUGAGGACCAACAGGCGGACUAUAGCGGGUGGGGACCGUUUUUUUUACUAGUUUUGACAAUUUUUGAUCGUAGGUACACUCUACACCGAUUCAAAGUCGAUGUCUCGUCGAAUACAAUGCAAAAGUUGGAAGCGAUCGAUGCGCAACUUGAUGAGGUAAAAAAUGGCAGACUGUGAUCGACUGAUCCGGGCAGGGACCGUAACUUUUCAGAUCACAAAAACGGCGCGUCUGCUGCUCGACGUCUGGGCGGAACCGUCAAAAUCGAAUCCCUAUGCGGAUGUGCUUGUGGCGCCGGAAUUUUUCCAAAAAUUCAAAAACCUUUUGACGUCCGCCGAACUUUCCACACUCAAACUCAUCGAGGCCAACAUUCAGAGGUACUUUUUCAACUGGGCGAUCCGGUAGGGACCGCCUAAAUUUCAGUCAAAUCAACGCCGAACGAGUGGCGAUGCUGCGAAAUUCGUUGCGUCGCCGUCGGCGAUCGUUGGCCACGUGGCAGGAUUUUGACACGAACGCCUAUCAUUCGUAUGAUGAGGUACGGUCCCGCUUGAUUGCAAACAACACGGUCCCGCCUAGAUGGUCGAGUUUAUGAAGUUGUUGAGCAGUCAGAAAGCGGAUAUGGUCGAGUUGGUGAAAGUUGGCACGUCGUCAGAGGAACGGCCGAUUUAUGGAGUUAAGGUAAUCGAGCGACACAACUUUGAACGCAUAUUGUAGAGUUCUGAGACGUCCUCUGAUUCUGAAAAUUGUUUUGUGAAAACUUGACGUCUAGUAGAGCAUUUUUGUAGUUGAUCAUUUUACUCUACAUUCGGUCCCUGUGGAUCUGUAGGUCCUUAAAGUUGGGGCUCCUGCAAAAACUUCCGAGCGCUACAGAUCCACAGGGACCAGGUGUAGAGAAAAAGUGUCAACUACAAAAAUAUUGUACUCGAUGAGCACUUUCAUUUUGUCGUUGAUCACUUUUCUCUACACCUGGUCCCUGUGGAUCCGUAGCGCUCGGAAGUUUUUCUGCGCGAGCCAACCGAUAGGGACCAUCUCAGAAUUCCUUUCAGAUCCAUCCGCCGGGCCGUACACCGCCCGAAAAACCUUCGAUUAUCGUGGACGCCGGGGUCCACGCGCGCGAAUGGAUCGCCCCGGCCGUCGCCCUCUUCAUGAUCCGAAAAAUUGUGGCCGAGUACGGUACGAAUCCACGUGUCACCGCCAAUUUGGACAAAUUCGACUGGUACGUCAUGCCGCAGGUGAAUCCGGACGGAUACGAGUACAGUAGACAAUAUGUGAGUUGAUGAUCCGAUGGGGACCGUCGUCGAACUUCUAGGGACCGUCUGUAAAAAACAGCACUCAAUUUAGGACCGUUUGUGGCGCAAAACCCGAAGCAAAAAUACGACGGUGAACCGAUGGUGUUGGGGCGCCGACGCCAAUCGAAAUUGGGGAUAUCGAUGGGGUACCGUACACCUACAGUACUCCCCAAAACUUUUUUUUUUUGAUUUUCAGGCGAAGCCGGCGCGAAUCGGACCCCAUGCUCCAAUAUUUACAUGGGAAGUCAUCCGUACUCGGAGCCCGAGAUUCGAGGUACCAAAAAUACACGGUCCCUGAUGGUUGGAGCCUAAAAAUCCGAUAAUUUUGCAGGUCUCAAAGAUUUUUUCACGUGGCAAAUCACGAAUCCGAUGGUUUACAUCAGUUUGCACUCCUACGGACAACUUCUUCUCUCUCCGUGGGGCUACACGAACGAGCGCACCGAGAACUAUCAGGAUCAGGUGGGAAACGGGUCCGACUAGAGUGGUCCGUGUAGGACCACUGGUGAAAACGCAUUUCUCGCUAGAUGUUUGUACUUUUUGGGUCUCGAGUGGAAAAAUGGGUCAAACUACCGUAAUCGCUUGCGACUGAAAAAAUUUCAGCAAAACGCGGCAAGUGAAGCGGCGGCGGCGAUCAAAAACACGACCGGAGUGUCGUACAGUUACGGUACAAUCUCCGAAAUGAUGUGUAAGUGUGGCCCAGCCUGCCGUAAUCCCAUCCCGGUCGCUUAAGAUCCGGCCUCCGGGACCAGCAUCGACUUCAUGCAGCACCGCGGCGUUCCGUACAUUUACGGCGUCGAAUUGCGGCCGACCGACAAUCCGGGAAGUGCGGCGUUCAAUUUGCCGCCGAGCUACAUCCGAGCAACCGGUACGGACCGCUCGGUACGAUGCUCCGCAAAUUCCGCGAUUUUGUUUCAGGCGACGAAAUGUUGGCGGCGUUGAAUGCGAUCGGCGAGCAUGCGGUCAAAAUAAAGCGGCUUUAA